UAGCAUACUAAUGUGUUUGACGCAUCGAACGCCACUUAUAUUUCGUCUAAAAAAUUUGGUGGCUACAUGUGCAGACGCCUUAAUAAUUAUUUUGGAUUGUAGAAGUGAAACAAACCUGGCUGUAAAAACACGUGAGAAGCCUAGUGAAUAAAAUAUUUAAAAAAUGCAAUUGAAAAUGACAGAAUUCCACCCCAGCUUAGUAAAACAAAUGCUACAGGAAGAGAAUCAAUUCCUUAGCGAGAUGUUUUCCAGAAUGCCACUUCCAGCUGGUGAAUUGGAAGAACAAGAAGAAGAAGAAGGAGAAGACAAUCAAAAGUACAAGAAAGAUAAAUCAAUCUAUGCAAAUGGCAAUGGAAAACGUGCUGUAACAGCCGAAGAACUACACAAAAAAUUCAACGAAUUGAAAGGUGUGAAGAAACUUAGUUACAAACAGAAACAACUAAAAAAAGGUCUUAAAACGCGGAUGAAGAAAAAAAUGAAGCGUGAGGAGCGAAUAAUGCAAAAAAGGAUCGUAAAGGCAGAAAGGAAUGCGGCUGGAGUAACACCACAUGACGUAGAAAAGGUUGAAAUUGCUCCAAAGGUCCCUCGUGUCAAACCAGUUUUUAAUAGUGAAGGUCACAUGGUAUUUAGUAAAUUCGAUUUCUCAGAUAUUGGUAAUAAGAAAAAAACCCAAAAAACUGAGGGAGAUCCAAAGAAGAUCUUGCAACAAUUGAAAGAAAAGAAAGAGAAAUUGAAGGAACUAGUAACCGCUGGAGAAAAGGAAAAAGCACUUGCGAUACAGGAGAGAGAUGCGUGGAAAUCUGCUCUUGCUAAGGCUGGAGGAGAAAAGGUGAAAGAUGAUCCAGAAUUGCUGAAACGAACGGUAAAACGUGACGAACAACAAAAAAAACGGAGCACCAAGAAAUGGGAGGCCAGGAUAUCAGGAGUCGAGAAGGCGCAACAGGAAAAACAAUCUAAACGAACAGAGAACAUAAUGAAGCAUAAAAAAGAGAGAAAGAUAAAUAAAAUGAAGAAAUCUUCUAAGAAAGGUCGUAUAAUUCCAGGGUUUUAAAGUUGGAAACAAUUUAAUUGCAAUUCUAUAGAGUCAAUGAAGAAUAAAACCUGUUGGUAACAUCCAGUAAUAUUAUAAGAAAGAAGAUAUGUGGAAUGAUCAUAUUUUGAAAUACUAUUAAAUAUUACUAUUAAAAGAUA